GAUGUAAAAUCAAACAUUAGUAUUUUCACCAAAAACGCAAAGGUGUCAGGGGAUAAAAUAAAUAUUACUACUAUAUGUGAUAAGAUACAAUAUAAAAACUUCAAACGUGGUUGGUGGAAGGUGAUCAACAAUAAAUUAAUUUUAUAUACCAAAUUUGUUACUAAACAUGAUGAUUCAAAAGUCUAUAAAUUUGAUAGCGAGAUAGACUGGAGUAAGAACACUUCUUGGGUAAGGCUUGGUGAUGGCACAUUAAAAUACAGAAACAUUGCUCUGAAACCCGUAGAUUUUGAGAAAGGUGGUAACAAACAGAUCAAAAAUUUCUUGAACCUCUAUUAUUCAAGGAAUUCUGAUAAGAAAAUAAAUGGAUGCUUCAAGUAUGUCAUUGUAGAACAACCAGGUAUCAAAGACAUGGCCCCGAAAAUGAGACUCAUUAAUGAGUUUGAUCCAAAUAUUUAUGAAAUCAAUGUGAUGCAUUAUUUUAAAAAGAAGAGUACGUUCUUAUCAGUCUGUCUAGGCAUGGAGGUUGAAGAUAUGGAAAUGUAUAUCAAACAAAAGAUUGACAAAUAUUACAAUCCUCAAACAUUGUCAAAUUAUGUGAAUGAAGUACAGAUGAAGAUUGACAUACCAGAUUUAUUCAUUCAUGAUCUGUGA